CGGGACCGCCUGGGCUCUGCAGCUCCGCGGCUCGGAUCGCUCCUGCAGCCUGAUUUGCUGGGAGGCUGCCAGCGGCUGCCGCCUCCUCCUCUCUGCAGGCAGCUCUGCCCCGCUCCCCGCUCAUCACCGCUGCCUCUGGUGACAGAAUGACCCGGCGGAGCGGGGGGACACGGGGCUGAAUGGCUGCGAGGGCACGGAGCGGAGAGCCGGGGAUGCGGCCCGGGGAUGCGGCACGAAAGGAUGGGGAUGCUGAGGAGCUCCCAGCCUAGGAUCAGGAGAAGGGAGGCUGAGAAGCCCAGGACACAGGAGCCAUGUCGGCGCGCGGGCGCUGCGCCCGGGUGCUGCCCUCCGAGCUGAACAAGGUGUGCCCCGAGAGGGGAGAUGAGCCUGCCACGCACCCCAGCAAGAUGAGCGACUUCGAGGUGGUCCCCAACCUGCAGCAGAGCAGCAGCAGCGUCUCCAGGAGCAGGAGGAAGGCUCAUUUCCCUGCUGGCAGCAAUGAAAAGGAAAAUCUCAUCUCCUGGAUUCCUGAAAACAUCCGAAAGAAGGAAUGCACCUAUUUUGUGGAAAGCUCCCAGACAUCAGAUUCUGGGAGGAUCGUUUGUGAGUGUGGCUAUCUCAGGGAACAGCACCUGGACGAUGCUGCCAAGCCUCCCAUCUUCCUGGGGAAGGAGUGGGACCCCAGCAGGCACAUCCAGGAGAUGCCAACGGAUGCCUUCGGUGAUAUCCGCUUCACAGGGCUGGGGCAGAAGACAGGGAAGUAUGUGCGUGUCUCCUCGGACACCCCCCCAAGGGUCAUCUACCACCUCAUGACACAGCACUGGGGCCUCGACCCCCCCAACCUGCUCAUCUCAGUCACUGGGGGAGCCAAAAACUUCGUCAUGAAGCCAAGGCUGAAGAACAUCUUCCGGCAAGGGCUGGUCAAGGUGGCCCAGACCACAGGAGCCUGGAUCAUCACAGGGGGGUCCCACGCUGGUGUGAUGAAACAGGUGGGAGAGGCAGUGCGAGACUUCAUGCUGAGCUGCAGCCACAAGGAGGGCGACAUUGUCACCAUUGGCAUUGCCACCUGGGGGACCGUGUACAACCGCGAGAGCCUCAUCUGCCCCAUGGGGGGCUUUCCUGCUGAGUACAUGCUGGAUGAGGAGAACCAAGGCAGCCUGUCCUGCCUGGACAGCAACCACUCCCACUUCAUCCUGGUGGACGACGGGACCCACGGGAGGUACGGCGUGGAAAUCCCCCUGAGGACCAGGCUGGAGAAGUUCAUCUCUGAGCAGACCAAGGUGAAAGGAGGUGUUGCCAUCAAGAUCCCCAUUGUGUGUGUGGUGCUGGAAGGAGGCCCUGGGACUCUUGAUACCAUCUACAAUGCCAUCACCCACGGGACCCCCUGUGUGAUCGUGGAAGGGUCGGGGCGUGUGGCCGAUGUCAUCGCGCAGGUGGCCAACCUGCCCGUGGCCAAGAUCACCAUCGCCCUGAUCCAGAGCAAACUCAGUGUCCUCUUCCAGGACACCUACGAGCUCUUCACUGAGAGCAAACUGGUGGAGUGGACCAAGAAGAUCCAGGACAUCGUGCGGAGCCGGCAGCUCCUGACCAUCUUCAGAGAGGGCAAAUAUGGCCAGCAGGACGUGGAUGUGGCCAUCCUCCAGGCCCUCUUCAAAGCAUCCCGAAACCAGGACCACUUUGGUCGGGAGAACUGGGACCACCAGCUGAAGCUGGCCGUGGCCUGGAACAGGGUGGACAUUGCCCGGAGUGAGAUCUUCACAGAUGACCACGACUGGAAGCCCUCCGAUCUCCACCCUGUGAUGGCAGCCGCCCUGAUCUCCAACAAACCCGACUUUGUGAAGCUGUUCCUGGAGCAGGGAGUGCGCCUCAAGGAUUUUGUCACCUGGGACACGCUGGUUUACCUCUACGACAACCUGGCGCCGUCCUGCCUGUUCCACAGCAAGCUGCAGAAGGUGCUGCUGGAGGAGAGGGAGCACACGGCCGGCUCCAAGGUGCCGAGGCUGCAGAUGCACCACGUCUCGCAGGUGCUGCGGGAGCUGCUGGGAUGCUCCACGCAGCCCCUGUACCCCAAGCCCAAGCAGGCGGAGCGGCCCCGGCUCUCCAUCCCCGUGCCGCACAUCAAGCUGAACGUGCAGGGCUCCAGCCUCAGGUCCCUCUACAAGCGCUCUCCUGGCCGAGUCACCUUCACCAUGGACCCCGUGCGCGACCUGCUCAUCUGGGCCGUGGUGCAGAACCGCAGGGAGCUGGCAGAGAUCAUCUGGGCACAGAGCCAGGACUGCAUGGCAGCUGCACUGGCCUGCAGCAAAAUCCUGAAGGAGCUGGCCAAGGAGGAGGAGGACACGGACACCACCGAUGACAUGCUGGCCCUGGCCGAGGAGUACGAGCACAAAGCAAUCGGUGUGUUCACAGAGUGCUACCGCAAGGAUGAAGAGAGAGCCCAGAAGCUUCUCACCCGUGUCUCUGAGGCCUGGGGGAAGACAACCUGUCUGCAGCUGGCCUUGGAGGCCAAGAACAUGAAUUUUGUGUCCCAUGGGGGCGUCCAGGCUUUUCUAACCAAGGUCUGGUGGGGGAAGCUGUCUGUGGACAAUGGCCUUUGGAGGGUGAUCACCUGCAUGCUGUUCUUCCCCUUACUCUACACCAAGCUCAUCACCUUCAGCAGGGAGAAGAGGCUGCAGCCCCCCAUGGGCUGCCUGGCGCGCCUCCGAGCCUUCUUCACGGCGCCCAUCGUCAUCUUCCUCAUGAACACCCUGUCCUACUUCAGCUUCCUGCUGCUCUUCGCCUACGUGCUGAUGGUCGACUUCCAGCCCACGCCCUCCUGGCGGGAAUACCUCAUCUACUUCUGGCUCUUCUCCCUGGUGUGCGAGGAGACCCGCCAGCUCUUGUAUGAUCCAGAUGGACUCGGGAUUGUGAAAAUGGCUUCCCUGUACAUCAAGGACUUCUGGAACAAGCUGGAUAUCUGUGCCAUCCUGGUCUUUAUUGCAGGGCUGACUUGCAGGCUGAUCCCAUCAACGUUGUACCCUGGGCGCAUCAUACUGUCCCUGGCAUUCAUCAUUUUCUGCCUGCGCCUGAUGCACAUUUUCACAGUCAGCAGGACACUGGGGCCCAAGAUCAUCAUUGUGAAGCGCAUGAUGAAGGAUGUCUUCUUCUUCCUCUUCCUGCUGGCAGUGUGGGUGGUGUCCUUUGGGGUGGCCAAGCAGGCUAUCCUGAUCCACAAUGAGGAACGUGUGGAAUGGCUUUUCCGUGGCGUGGUCUACCAUUCCUACCUGACCAUCUUCGGGCAGAUUCCCUCCUUCAGCCCGGCAGAAGAUGUGCCGGCCGUGGGCUCCUCCACAGCCCUGGGCACCAAGGAGCUUGCCCUGGAGGGGAGGCCCGAGGAGAGGCAGCCCCCAUGCCACGUGCUGGCCCGGAACCUCCUGUACCCGGGGUCCCACAUUCUCCGCUUCCCUGUGCCCGACGAGAAGGUGCCCUGGGAGGUGGAUUUCCCGCUCUACGACCCCCCUUCCUACUCGGCUGAGCACAAGGACAUGGCAGUGCAGGACCCCUUCAGCCUCUCCUUGGAGUCUCUGCUCAAGAUCAACUACAACACCAUGGACGGGCUGAUCGACCGGCAGAGCUUCCACGGGCUGUACACCGUGCAGGAUGGGCUGCCACUGAACCCCAUGGGCAGGACGGGGCUGAGAGGCCGUGGGAGGCUGCACUGCUUCGGGCCCAACCAUGCCCUGCACCCCGUGGUGACCCGCUGGAGGAGGAACCUGGAUGGGUCCAUCAUAAGGAAGAGCCUGAAGAAGAUGCUGGAAGUGCUGGUGGCACAAUACCCCCUGUCAGAUGUGUGGGCACUGCCUGGGGUGCACAAGGGGUACCUGGACGACCCCCGGAACACAGAUAAUGCCUGGGUGGAGACGGUGGCCAUCAGCGUGCACUUCGACACCCAGCACGACCUGGAGAUGAAGCGGCUGAACUCGUUCCUCCAGGGCUGUGACCCCGAGCUGUGCAUCCGCUGGCAGGUGCUGGACAAGAGGAUCCCCCUGCACGCCAACCACAAGGAGCUCCUGCACAAGGUCUCAACCCUCCUUGGUGCCUACUACUGAGGCCUCAGGCCCACACCAGGCUCUGGCUGGGACCUGCAGUUCUGAGAACACGGGAGCUGCUGGAGCUGAGGUGCUCUGGGUGCCUCUGUGAAUGUAUGCCGCAGGUCUCUGGGAGGAAAAGUGUCCCCUCCCUGCCACCUGAGCCCCCAAGUUCAGCCCCAGCUUGUGUCUUGGUGCUUCCACAUCAGCCCACAGCACUAGCUCAGAGCUUGGGGCACACAGAGCCAUGGGGUUUCCCUGUGAGAUGGUCCCUAUGUCCACUCCAGCCUGCUCUUGGCUUUGGGUGGGCACGGGGGGCUCACCAGCCCCAGCUACUCCUCCUCCAGAAUAUCCAUCCCUGCUCCUGCUCCCGCUCUGAGCCAGUGCCACAGAUCCCAAAGGAUUGCUCUGGGGCAGGCCUGGAGUCCCUCCUGUGGUGGCACCCACACCUCUGGUUGCCUCAGACCCAACAACAUGGUCCUGAGCUGUGAGCCAGCCCUCCUGAAGGUGUGAGCAGCUCUUGCCUUGUAUACCUAUGGAUCCACAGCCCUGCCAUGCCCCAAACUGUGUGUGAUCCUGCUUGUGUAUGCUGAGCUUGUAGCUAAACCUCCCUCCUCUCCCUGAGCUAAAUGUCACCUGCCUGUCCCCACCCUGGUGCACAUGGAUGGGAGGUGGCAGCUUGCUGGGACACAGGUGACCCCUGCUCUGUGGCUCCUUGGGCAGGUGGGGACAGGAGAGGGGACAUCUGUGUGUCAAUCCCAGACAUCCCUGCUCUAAGGGGUCUUUCACUGACGUUUUCGGCUGCCUGCCCUGGGGAGAACAAGGCACUGUGGACACAUUUUUUGAUCAUCCAGAGGAGCCCCACGGUGGUGUGUUGUGCCUGGGACUGCUCAGGAGGGGAUUUUGGUUCCCCACCUCCUCCCAGUGGAUCAGACCUGGCCAGCCAAGGCUGCUCACCCCGCACUGGUGCCCACCAUGGCACAACUGCAGUUUCACCAGUGCUGCACGGGGCUUUGGCAAGGGGAGGGGGCUCAGCCUGGCAAUGUGUUCAACCCAGCUCAAUAAACCAUUAUUAAACACUGCA